AUGGAGGACCUUUCAGAGGUAUUCGACAUUUACGGCAUCUGCGCGUGCUGCAAGGUCGCCCCCCCCAGUGAAGGGAUAAAGAAUGAACCGUUCGGUCCGCGAACUUUCAGAGGUCUUGGGAAUAACGGGGCUCUCCCAUGGAAAUGCAACUCCGUCGACAUGAAGUACUUCAGCUCGGUGACAACCUACGUGGAUGAGUCGAAAUACGAGAAGUUAAAGUGGAAGAGGGAGAAAUACCUGCAAGGGGAAGCCUCAGGGGGGAGUGUGGCCAACCACAGUAAUGGCAACCCUGUAGGAAUGGGGGACAACACUGUGAAGCUGCAGAACGUUGUGGUAAUGGGGAGAAGCAGUUGGGAGAGCAUCCCCAAACAGUACAAGCCACUCCCAAACAGAAUCAACGUCGUGCUUUCCAAGACGCUAACAAAUGAACAAGUGAAGGAAAAAGUUUUUAUAAUUCACAGCAUAGAUGAACUAUUGCUUCUUUUAAAAAAACUGAGGUACUACAAAUGCUUCAUUAUUGGAGGAGCGCAAGUUUACAAGGAAUGUCUAAACAGGAACUUAAUUAAGCAGAUAUAUUUCACGAGGAUCAACAACACCUACCCGUGUGAUGUUUUGUUCCCCGAGAUUGACGAAGGCCAAUUUAAAGUGACAUCCGUCAGUGAGGUGUACAACAGCAAGGGAACUACCCUAGACUUUGUGAUUUACAGUAAGGUGGGGGGAGAAGUCGAUGGGAUCGCUUCCAAUGGAAGCACAGUGGAUAGUGGUUCGGAAAACUGCGAAAACGUGAAAUGUGGUGCACCGAAUUGUAGCGUUUCCGGUUGUAUCUCCCCCAACUGCACGAUCACGCAACAGGAAGAAUGGGGAAAGUGCUCCCCCGCGUGCCAGCAACAGAAGAACAACGCCGUCGUAGAGGAAGACGAUCUCGUAUACUUCAGCUUUAACAACAAAGUGGGAGAAAAAAAUCCGGAGCAUUUGAACGAUUUUAAAAUUUACAACAGUUUGAAGAUUAAGCAGCAUCCGGAGUACCAAUACCUAAGCAUCAUAUACGACAUCAUCAUGAAUGGAAACAAACAGGGAGACAGAACAGGUGUGGGAGUGGUCAGCAAAUUUGGCUACAUGAUGAAAUUUAAUUUAAAUGAAUAUUUCCCCCUGUUAACAACAAAGAAAUUAUUUCUAAGGGGAAUAAUUGAGGAAUUGCUUUGGUUCAUUCGAGGAGAAACAAACGGGAACACUUUGUUAAAGAAGAACGUAAGAAUAUGGGAAGCAAAUGGAACGAGGGAGUUCCUCGACAACAGGAAAUUAUUUCACAGAGAAGUGAAUGACUUGGGACCCAUUUAUGGUUUCCAGUGGAGACACUUUGGUGCUGAAUACACAAACAUGCAUGACAAUUACGAAGAUAAAGGUGUAGACCAAUUAAAAAAUGUUAUCCAUUUAAUAAAAAAUGAACCAACAAGUAGGAGAAUUAUCCUUUGUGCAUGGAAUGUAAAGGAUUUGGAUCAGAUGGCAUUACCUCCUUGUCAUAUCUUAUGUCAAUUUUACGUUUUCGAUGGGAAACUAUCCUGCAUUAUGUAUCAAAGGUCUUGUGACUUGGGUCUUGGGGUCCCCUUCAACAUUGCUUCCUAUUCCAUAUUCACACACAUGAUUGCCCAGGUGUGCAAUUUACAGCCUGCACAGUUCAUACACAUUUUGGGCAAUGCUCACGUCUACAACAACCACAUAGACAGCUUAAAAGUGCAGCUAAACAGGAUCCCCUACCCGUUCCCAACGCUUAAACUGAACCCCGAAGUGAAGAACAUUGAGGAUUUUACCAUUUCCGAUUUCACGAUAGAGAAUUAUGUGCAUCACGAUAAAAUCGCCAUGGAGAUGGCCGCCUAG